AUGGGUGGCCGGUUUUGCUGUGGCUGGUGGUGCAGCGUGCUCUGGACGUGCUCGUUAGGCUUUGCGUGGCUUCAGGCAGAAACGAUACAUUUUACCAACUCGCCCAAGCUGAUCAUGGCGUCGAAGAACUUUACCACGUACGAAAUAGAAGUUCCCGGCUCGAAACCAAUCACCAUCAUCGAGGCGACCGAUCCGUACGAUCGUGGAUCGAGCGUUGGACGACCGUUGAACACUUUUCCCAAGGAAGUGCAGAUACCCGGCGGUCCAACGACAAGCUUCCGGACGAGCACCGGACUAAGCGUUAGCAGACCCACCCAGGAGGAUCAAGGCGUCGAGCAGUCGACCGGCUCCCGAAAAACGCUCUACUCACCGGAGCUGUUGAACAAGUUCCUCAAGGAGUACUCCGAAAAGCUGCGCAACGCUGAUUCCGCCACGAGAAAGCGCCUGAACGAGAUCACGAUGAUCAACAACAGCAUUAACCGAAACCAGAACGAGUUGCCGGGAGGGGCGGACAGUGGGGAUGAGAAUCAGUACCGAAACAAACAUCCACACCUGGAUGCUAUUCAGGCCGAGAGUCAAAACGACACCCGCGAACGGUUGCCGGAAGAUGAGCCGAAAACGGAGGACGAGUUCGUGUUUAACGACACACACGAGCGGCACGUGAUGAGCGGUGCGGGAGCGACGAGCAAUAAGCGGUGGUACCAGGAGGCAGGAUUGGGAGGCUACCAGACGCCGACCCAACAAACCAGCCACAAAAACCACCCGUGGAACAUUAAGGAUGGUUGGGUGAGCCUGGAGGCGGUGCCGUGGUCGGAAAGUAAGGUAUCAAAGUGGCACGCCAGCGGAUCGGUGUCGGAGUUGAACAAAAACACAGCCGGGAAGGUUACGGUGAGCAUGCAGCACGCGUUGGACAAGUACUGGAACUCGGGUGCGGUAGCAAGUGAGGAAACUCCCAAGUACAAACCCGUUGCUACGUCGGGAUCUAUCGGUUCGUCGAGCUACUACAACGGGGAAGCGGAUGAUGACUACGGGUAUGGAUCGUACCACAGCGACAACAGGUCACCGGUGAACCGGUUACCAAGCUCCUCCGUAACUCCUACCGAGUCCCUCUACAACCGAAGACGUCCCAUUGCAACGCUCUACAACGAUCGUCCGGAUCCGGACCGAAGCAGACCAUCAGCUCCGCCGCAGCCACAGAUUGAUAGCUGGUACGAUCAGCAGCUACAUGCGAGCAAUCCGUACGACUCGAUGAAGGCUUACCACGAUCAGGGACCCAAUACCUCGCCGAGCACUCCCAAUCGCGACAUCAUAACCGAUGGUCGUCCGGCAAAUUUUCCCAAAUCUCCUCAAGAUCGUCCCGGACAGGGAGGAUACAGCGACGACAGUAGUCCGCAGAAUGAACGAGCGCGGCCAGUGUCUUAUCCCGAUCGUGGCAAUGGCGAAUGGGUCUUGAUCUCCACCACCAAGGGCUACCAAUAUCCCAAGCGACGUCACGGACAGCGAGCGAUCACGUUCUCGCCCGCCACAUCCACCAGCCAUCAGACGGUCAAGUUGACGGUGUUGCCCAUGAAGAACGCAAUCGAUAUGACCACUUCGCACAACGGCCUGAUCGAGGUGUCCUCCUCGACGCAAACGGUGGAGGAUGCGGUCAAGCAGCAGAAGAGCAAACGCAAGGGUCAGUAUCCCGGGUCGACAGCGAGCGGACACGUGGGGCCGAAGAAGAAAAAACAUUCCUCGACGGUGGCGUCAGCUUCGGGCCAAACCUUCUCACUGAUGCGUCGCGAUGCGUCCCAGGACAGCUCGGCCGUACUGGCGGCAGUCGGGGCGGGUAUGGUACCGGCCACCAUGGCCAUCCUGGCACCGAUGGUUCUCGGUCGAAAGAAAAAGUAA